AUGUUCAUUCUCGAGGAUGGUGCUACUCUCCGCAAUGUUAUUAUUGGACCUGGUCAAACUGAGGGCCUUGACUGUAAGGGAACUUGCACUCUUGAAAACUUCCGUCCGGCACCUCCACCAUCUGUGGAGGAGGUGCUUUUCACGCCACCGAUAAGGUUGUUCAGUUCAACGGCUGCGGCACUUACGAGAUCUCCGACUUUUAAGCAAGGCAAGCUUGUGAGAUCUUGUGGUAACUGCAAGGAUAACUACGGUCCCCGGAAUGUUGUUACUGACAACGUUGCUGCUGUCAAUGGCGGUGUUCUCUGCGGUAUCAAUACUAAUUAUGGCGACACUGGCACCAUCUCCAACGCUUGCCAGGACUCAGGCAAGAACUGCGACCUUUUCGAUAACUUCGACUACACACUGAAAGGCUUCAACAGCUUGACUGCGUUCCCAUCUAGUCACCCGGUCUUCAGCAAUUUCAUGAAGGAUGUUCAAAUCAAUGAAGCACAAGAGGCAAUUGACCCUGUUGCAGAAUUCCCUUUCGAAGAUUCCUUCAAAUCUGCCACCAACAUCAAAAGCCGCGAAAAAGUCCCUUCUUAG